AUGGCCUCCUCGUCCCGACGCGUCCCGGCCUCAUCCAGCCCCGCGGCUGCCACCCGACGCGCCCCGCCCAGCGACGUCUUCAAGCCCAACCUCCCGCUCGACCCCUUCGCCGGCCUCGACUACAGACACCGCCCGCCCCUCCUCGUCCCCCGCGACACCUUCCUCGCCGCCGCCGCGUGCCCUCCACGACGCGACGUCGUCCUCGUCCUCGGAGCGCCCACCGCACAAGACCUCCACCCGCUCCUCCACUCCCCCCAGCUCUCCGAAUCCCUCCUCGUCCUCGCCACCCCCGAUCCGUCCCCCCUCGCCGCCGCGCUCUCCCUCCUCGACCCCCCGCACCCCGCCAUCCGCAUCCUCCGCCUCCCCACCGCCCUCGCCCUCGACCAGGGCAACGCCCUCCGCCUCGUCCGCGUCCUCGAAUCCGCAGAGCGCAUCGCCCGCGCGUGGCGCGCCUUCGGCGGCUCCGGCGUCCGCGAGCUCGACCACACCGACGACGCCGCCCCCGCCGACGCCGCGUCCCUCUCCGCCGCCCUCCUCGUCCCCUCCCUCUACCCGCCCCGCAACGCCCAGAGCACCCCGCCCUCCCCCGCGCCCUCCACCCUCCGCCUCGACCUCUCCCUCUCGCACUCGCACACGCCCACCCCGCUCCCCUCCUCCUCCGCCUCCUCCUUCACCUCCUUCCGCCGCCACCGCGCCCGCACCGCCGCCUCCUCCCCCACACGCACGCCCCCGCUCCCGCCCCCGGACCCCACCCAGCGCGCGUUCGACGCCCUCGUCCACUUCCUCCCGCCCGACGCACCCGACACCUCCCUCCUCAAGCACACCGUCCUCGUCACCACCCUCGCCCGCGCCUUCCUCGUCCCCGCCAUCCCCGCCGCCCUCGCCCGCACACGCGCACGCGCACGCCCCCGCGCCCCGCGCUCGCAGCAGCAGCAGCCCCGCCCCAAGUCCCUCCUCGCGCGCCUCUCCUCGCGCGCGCUCGCCUCCCGCUUCUCCGCCUCCGCGCCCGUGCCUGCGUCCGCGAGCCACGACACGCUCCCGAGCACCUCCCUCGGCUCCGCGCUCUCCCUCCUCAGCCCCAGCCCCAGCACUAGCCCCAGCCCCAGCCCCAGCCCCAGCCCCAGCCCGGACGCCUCCGCCUCCUCGCCCCCCACGCCCAAACCCCACGUCCUACACGUCCUCCCGCGCGCCUCGGCCGCAUACGCCAGCGCCCUCGGCCCCCCGCCGAAGCUCGUCCAGACGCUCGAGUCCUUCCUGCUCGCCUUUGCCUUUCCCAUGCCCCUGCCCCUGCCCACGUCCACGAACAUGAACGUGUCCCUGGCGCUCACAAGCGCGGGCGCAGGCCCAGGCUCAGGCUCCCGCGCGAGCCUCGCCCCGCAGAACGCGCAGGUGGACCCGCGCGAGCAGCCGAGCGCGUUCCUCCUCCCCGCGCGCGCCCUCGCCGAGCACGUGCGCGCACGUGCCGCAGCCAAUGCCGCUACCAAUGCCGCCGACGACGAUGCCGCCGCCGCGCCGCCGCGGCAGUGGACGCUCGCGGACGCGGUGCUCGCCGGGUGCCUCGACCGCGCGAACGACCCCGCGAGCGACCGUGUGCCGCGCGCGUACGUCGCGAGCGCCGCGGACGUCGUCGUGCCCGCGCCGCCGGAUGCGUCGCGGUCGCGGUCGGGUGCGCCCGAGGCUUCGUACUCGCGCGGACGGGAGCCUGUGCCUGCGCCCUCUCUGGCUCCGGCUCCGGCUCUGGCUCUGGCUCGGCUUGGUCUAGAGGAGGCUCAGCAGCAGCAGCAGAAAAAACAGCCCCCGCCGUCGGCGUUCCAGCAGAAGCCGCAUCACGCGCUCAAGGCGCACAGGGCGCGCAGGGCGAAGGACAGGGCCGCGCGCGCGGCCGCCGUGCAGGCGCAGGAGCCGAGUGCGGGUGCGGGUGCGGGUGCGGGCGAGGGUGAGGGCGCGGGUGCGGGUGCGAGUGUGGGUGUGGGUGUGGGUCCGGGGGUGCACAGGACGGUGUCGGCUGCGUCGGCGUAUGCGCGCGCGUACCAGCAGCAGCGCGAAGAGGAGGAACGACGGCGCCCUCGAGCCGGGGAGACCCGCCGUACAACACCGCGCGAGCGCAGUAUCAGCAUCGGCAGCACCACCGCCACCGCCGCCGCCGCCGCUGCCGCCGCCGCCGCCUCCGUUACCGCUAGAGAGCGCACGCGCAGCCACGGCGAGCGCGCGAGCUCGCUCUCUGCGCCGUCUGUGCCGUCCGCUUCGUAUUCGCCGCAGCGGCCGCGGCAUGCGUCGCACCAGCACCAGCACCAGCACCAGCACCAGCACCAGCAGCAGCAGCAGCAGCACGCGGCGCACCUCGCGCACGCGAAGCAGCUCCCGACGCCGCCCGAGUCGGACGAGUCGAGCGUCGGCGCGAGUUUGAGGCCUAUCGGUAUGGGCGCGGGCGCGGGCGCGGGCGUGUACCCGAGUCCGAGUCCGAGCCCGGAUGAGGGUGGGUAUGCGCUUGCGCAGGGGACGUCUGUAGGGGUCGUGCAGGCCCACGGCGGAGGCGGAGGGGAGGCAAAGCGGAGGAGGGGGUGGAAGUUCUGGAAGAGCGCGGGGCGGUGA